CAACCCAGGAAACCCCUCAAUAUACCAAGUACUAUUAUGCCUAUCUCCUCCCUCUCUUGCUUGCUCCCGAGCUGCAGCUUGGCUCUUGCUACUAUCAUCGGAACUAUUUUCUGAUUUUUGGGUUUUCUGAGACGAAACCACGUAUCUCCCUGCGUUUUCGAUCUCCUCUCUUUUUCAACAGUUUUCACAAUGGAAUCACUCUCAUCAUCACUGACCAAAAUGGAUCCGAAUUCGAAGGAGGCAGUUGAAGCACGGAGUAUCGACAUCUUGUAUGAAUCAAUAGGGUCGGAUCCAUACAUUUUGGACAAAGCAGAUGAAAUUCCUUUUGUUCACACUCCUCUCCACGUAGCUGCAUCAACUGGGCAGACACGUUUGGCAAUAGAAAUCAUGAACUUAAGGCCAUCACUCGGCAGAAAGCUGAACCCAGAUGGUCUAAGCCCUGUGCACCUGGCACUUUUAAAUGGGCACUCUGAGACCGCGAAAGCGCUCAUCAAGUUGGACAAAGAUCUCGUAAGGGUCAGAGGAAGAGAGAGGCUCACUCCUUUGCAGUACGCGGCAGAAACAGAUGAUCGCGUUGAUAUCUUGGCCGAGUUUUUAUGCGCUUGCCCUGAAUCAAUUGGGGACCUGAACGUUCGAGGGGAGACUGCUCUGCACAUCACGGUGAAAAAAUGCAACGUGAGAGCUUUGGCAGUCCUGAUGGGAUGGAUUCGCAAGACCGGUAAGCAUUGGGUGAAGAACAUCAAAGAUGAGAGAGGCAACACAAUUCUGCACACGGCGGUGUCCACUUCACAGCCUCAUGUAUGUAUGCCUCUGAUUGUGGAGUCUGUGGUUCAAGGAUACGGAUUACACGUGAAUGAAAAGAAUUUGGAAGGUGCCACGGCCCUAGACAUUGCCGAAACACUUGCUUCUGGUUCUGCGAGAACAACAAUCAAGAGUAUUUUAUGCGGUGCAGGAGCUUCGAAAAGUUCAUCACUUGCUAAUGACUGUAGCUUUGUCGAUUUUUUGAUUUCGCGAGAGUCACGGGUGGAAACUAUCUUUCAAACUUUCCUUUUCAUGCGGAAAGGCAUGUCAAUGGAGAUGAGGAAUGCCGUACUAGUGGUAGCUGUGCUGAUAACGACGGCAACCUUUCAGACUGUACUAAGCCCCCCCGGAGGAGGCAGCAGCCUAAGUGACAGCAACAGUCUUUUCGCUAACGGGAGUCAUAUUAACGCCACCAUAUUUACCUCCACGGACAACAGCAGUCUUUUCGCUAACGGGAGUCAUAUUAACGCCACCAUAUUUACCUCCAUGCACAACGUCAGUCUUUUUGCCAACGGGAGUCAUAUUAAUGCCACCGUAUUUACCUCCAUGGACGAUGCUCCAAAUGUCUUCCUCCCUGUGUUCUAUGCGAUGAACACCGUUGCGUUUAUUAGCUCAAUAGCGAUGAUUAAUAUACUUAUCCUCCCUUUAAAAGUUUUUGCCCCGCUCCAUGCCUCACUAAUGUUUUUGACAAUGGGCUAUGGGAUAGCAUUUCUAAUCAUUCCGUCGAUGUACUACUUGGAAUUCAUCUUUGCGUUUUCAGCAAUAGCUAUUGCUUCUCUGCUUUAUGGUGUGCAUUAUAUCCCUAUCAUGAUCGAAGAUCUCCACAAAAUAGAUCAGGGUCUUAUAUUCAUGUCACACCUUCAGAGGAAACGCCUCCGGAUGUUAUACCGUGUAGUGAUGAACUGAUUUCCAACGCGCCUUGAAGGGUUACCUCUCGAUGCAGAUAAUCAGGUGCAAUUGGAAAAGACAAUUAGUUGUGAUUUAGCUAGCUUUCCCUGCCUCAACCAACCCAAUGUUUCCAUUGUUCUCUAUUCAGUAUGCCAGUUAUUUUUAUGUUGAGUGUCUGUAUCCUCUUGUAUAUGGAAUUGUAUGUCAGCUGGUUUUUUUUUCUUUUUUUCUUGGGGGCAAUGUCUAUACCCAUUUUGUUGGUGUUCAAGGCAGUCCAAACUCUUUUCUGCAAUUGUCGUGCUGCUUGUGCAACUUAAAUUUUGUAAGUUUCGCAAGGAUGUGCUUGUGUAUUGUGUAUGGCAACUUUAAGUGGACUGUUUGUUCUCAGGAGAGAUUGGGUUUGCAGAAAACAUUCAGUGCAUAUGAAAAGGAAAAGAUAGGGUUUGGCUUUGGGUGAUCA